AAGGAGAAAAAGAACAACGACGAUACGAAGAACACAACACAGAGCUUCGGGCAUUUUGGUCUUUGGAGUAUCAACACAGCCGUAGAGCAAUCCUAAUGACCUGAGAUAGUCAACCUACCCAAUGUCUCAGCUCUAAGACUGCUCAAUCGGUGUUUUGUUUAGUGGCAAACAUGAGCUUUGCUGCACCAUCACUUGGUUCUGCUGGUGGUAGAUCUGCUAGAAGAGCAUUUGAGUUUGGAAGAACCUAUGUUGUCAGGCCUAAAGGUAAACACCAAGCAACUAUAGUUUGGUUGCAUGGCCUCGGGGAUAACGGCUCCAGUUGGUCCCAGCUAUUGGAGACCCUUGCUCUUCCAAACAUUAAAUGGAUAUGUCCAACCGCUCCUACUCAGCCAAUAUCUAUAUUUGGUGGCUUUCCCUCUACUGCUUGGUUUGAUGUGGGGGACCUUUCAGAAGAUGCUCCUGAUGACGUAGAAGGUUUGGAUGCUGCAGCUGCACAUGUUGCAAAUUUGUUGUCUACAGAACCUGCAGACAUUAAGCUUGGCGUUGGAGGGUUUAGCAUGGGAGCAGCCACUGCCCUUUACUCUGCAUCCUGCUUUACUGCUGGGAAAUAUGGGAAUGACAAUCCUUAUCCAGCCAACUUAAGUGCAGCUGUUGGUUUAAGUGGCUGGCUUCCAUGUGCAAAGACCUUGAGUAACAAGUUACAAGGGGUAAAUGAAGCCACAAGGCGUGCUCAAUCCUUUCCCAUUUUGCUUUGUCAUGGAGAAGGUGACGAUGUGGUUCCCUAUAAAUUUGGUGAAAAAUCAUCAAAGAGCCUAAGUUCAAAUGGAUUUCAGGAUGUAACUUUUAAAUCUUAUGAUCGGCUUGGCCACUACACAAUUCCAGAAGAGAUGGAUGAGGUUUGUGCUUGGCUAACGUCAAAAUUGGGCCUCGAGGGGAACUCUGCGUAGUUAACAAGGAAAGGAAGCAAAAUGUGAAAAGAUUGCUUUCCCGCUUUUGUCUAUUGUAUGUUUAUGUUUUCCAAAAUUUGCUUAGAGAGUUCUGUCAAUGAUAUGCAUGAUAUCCAUAACCAAAAUAGUGACAGCGAACUGUUGAAUCAAAACUUGGUGGUUUGCGGUGAUGGAAUGCUGCUAAUAUAUUAUGCUCGAGAGGAUUCUUCAAUGACUUGAGUGUUACUUUGGGCUGCUGUCGAUUGAGUUUUAGUUAAUAUAUGAUAAUCUUGUUUUCGGAUAAAUAUUAUGUAGCUUGUGAUGCAUCAUAGUGCGUUGAUCGUACUUGGGUUUUGUAAGGAAUAGUGUACCAAGAUCUCAUGUUCUUAUCAAAACCUACAAGGUGGCUGAUUUAACAGGACACUUAAUAUA